AGUCGUACGAGUUAAUACAAUCGACGUAAAGGUUAAGGGUCGCCUGCGUAACGUGUCAGCAGACUGUUACCAUACCGGUGUCUUCUAUUCCUCUGCUGACUCUUACACAAAUUGACACCUAUUUUUGGACUGGUACUUUAUCCCAUAAAAUGGCCACAAAGCGCGGGGAUAAACGAAACAGUGACGGCUUGGUUUUGUCAAAAGAGGAAGUGGGCGCUAAUGCUAAAGACUCCAUAGCAUCGACAGAUGGUCAUCAUGCUGCAGACAGCUCAGCACGCAUGUCUCUCCUCAUUCUGCUAGCUAUCUUCACCUGUUCAGCCUCAGUCAUGUAUCUGGUCUACAGGAACUUCCCAGAACUUUCAGAUGAUGAAAUGGAGAAAAUCAAGAUCCCCAAAGACAUGGAUGAUGCCAAAGCUUUGGGAACGGUGUUAUCCAAGUACAAAGACACUUAUUACAGCCAGGUUUUGGUGGCCUACUUUGCAACAUAUGUGUUCCUACAGACAUUUGCAAUCCCUGGAUCCAUUUUCCUCAGCAUCCUGUCUGGAUAUCUUUACCCAUUCCCCUUGGCUCUCUUCUUAGUCUGCUUGUGUUCAGGUUUGGGGGCUUCCUUUUGCUACAUGCUUUCCUACUUGGUAGGCCGACCCAUGGUCUACAAAUAUCUCACAGAAAAGGCCCAAAAGUGGUCUCAGCAGGUUGACAAGCAUCGAGAUCAUCUAAUCAAUUAUAUUAUUUUCUUGAGGAUAACUCCCUUCCUUCCCAACUGGUUCAUCAACAUCACCUCACCAGUCAUUAAUGUGCCUUUAGGGGUUUUCUUCAUUGGAACCUUUUUAGGUGUGGCGCCGCCAUCUUUUGUGGCCAUCAACGCUGGUACAACACUGUACAAACUGACGACAGCCGGUGAGGCCGUGUCCUGGAACUCUCUGGCCGUGCUCGGCGUCCUGGCUGUGCUCUCCAUAUUGCCUGUCUGCUUCCAGAAAAAGCUGCAGCAGAAACUAGAGUAGAUGACUAAAGACCUCAGCACCCGAUCUGCAGGCUGAUUCCACUCCCAGUAACACACCCCGCCCCCCCCCUCCUAUUUACUCCAAAUCCUUUGCCUCAGGAACGUGCGUCAAGUUGCUCUGCCUUGGUCACAAUUACUUGACAUCCCGGUGGGAGGUUCUCAUGGGACAAACAUGCCUCGAUGGUCCACACAGUGGCGGCUUCUUCCUGAUGUUUAUACUGGCCACCAUGGGCACAUGUUUUAUUUUUUGUGAAUUACUUUUCUGAUUGUGGCACACCCUAUAUAUUAGAGAAUGUUUUUUUAAGGCACUGCAAUUAAUGGCACUACUUUGUAGGAUGUUGAAUAGAAUCAAGCAUAAUAUUCAGCAUUGUUUUAGCCUCCUUUUUAAUUGGUUAUAGUGUUACUGCUUGCUAAAAACAACCUCACGUCACAGUAAAGUCCACCGCUGUGGAAUUCCCCCCAGUAAAUGACAUCAACAUCCUAUUUGCACCUAAACAUUCACUCCCUGUCAUGUUUUAGGAUUAUUUUUCUGUUUUGUCUGUCUCUUAUGGCUAAAAAGAAGAAGCAAUAACUGCCACGGUGUCACUGUUGUGUUAAACGUGAAGUUUAGUUUUUAAAUAUAUCUGGUGCUUGUAAAGUGCAGAGGAGGAAAUGAAGAUGUACAGUAAAGUGAAAAUGAAACUUGACCGUGACAUAGUAAACAGCUUUUGUUUAUUUGGUUGAGUUCUUCAGUUCUACCUCAUAAACAUGCCUGGAUCCGCUGCCACGUAGUACAGUAGUUUGUUUUUUGAAAUAACCAAAACUGGUGGAAUUUCAAAGCUACACAUCUGAACAAUAGGUUAAUACCCCCUUAAUUGGAAUUAUCUGGAAUGAAAUUUGUUUUAUGUUGAGUUUUGCUAAUAGGGAUGAUGAUGCACAACUGUAAAUCCACUACAGUCAUCCAGUAUAUAUAUUUGUGCCAACCAACUAUUUUGGAAGGUUUAAACCUUGUCCCAUUGUGUUGAUUAUAGUUUUUGAUUCUGUUUUUGCUGUACUGUACCAACUAAUGCAGUAAAUGUACACACAGGCAAUGUGUUUUAUAUAACAAGAUUGCUUUAAUUUUUAAAAUCUACUUAUUUAUAGUGUUGUCAGGUUUUGUUUGUAUUUUAUUCAUUUAGUCAUUUAAAUGUCUUAAUGUUGAAUCAUUUUCUAUAAGGGACUGUAAGAUAAAAAAAAAACGCAUUGCUACAAACAGAAGUGUGUAAAGCAUUGCUCUCAAAGUUUCCCUUUCGUUCACGAAUGAAUGAAAGAAAAUUUUCCUCGACAAUAUUGUAAUUUGUUUAAUGUUUCUCACAGGACUGACUUAGAAGGAAGCAAUGUUUUAUAGGGUCCUUUAAUUGGUAAACUGAUAAAACUGGAAAAUAAUGUCUUAAUAAAUAAACAAUAACAUUCUGCAUCAAA